AUUUGCGCAAGCGCACUUCACUCCGGAGACGUUAGAAAGUGCAUUUUGGCGUCACUUAGGUGACGGUGUAGUGAGUUCCGGCUUCACUGGUUCCAAUUCUGUCCCAUUGUUCGUUGCAUGUGAACUUUUCUGGAUUUCAAUUCUUUCAUCCGGGGCCUGCCGGUGCCGUAAAUGGCCAUUCAAAGGGAAAAACGAACACGCACACCAUGGCGCCAGCUUGCGUUCCUGCGCAUGCGCAGUGACCCGAGCGGAGAGGCCGAGGCGUAGCCUAAGCGUGGGAUUCCGCGCGUGCGCUCGGCUCCGCCUGGUGCGGCUGCGGCCGGGAGGGACUGCACUAUGUCGGCCCCGUUUGAGGAGCGGAGUGGGGUGGUACCGUGCGGGACCCCGUGGGGCCAGUGGUACCAGACCCUGGAGGAAGUGUUCAUUGAAGUUCAGGUGCCGCCAGGCACGCGCGCCCAGGAUAUCCAGUGCGGCCUCCAGAGCCGGCAUGUGGCGCUGUCGGUGGGCGGCCGCGAGAUCCUCAAGGGCAAACUAUUUGAUUCUACAAUAGCUGAUGAGGGAACAUGGACUUUGGAGGACAGAAAAAUGGUUCGUAUUGUUCUUACAAAGACAAAGAGAGAUGCAGCAAAUUGUUGGACUUCUCUACUAGAAUCUGAAUAUGCAGCGGAUCCUUGGGUGCAAGACCAAAUGCAGAGAAAGCUUACAUUAGAGAGAUUCCAAAAAGAAAAUCCUGGUUUUGACUUCAGUGGAGCAGAAAUCUCAGGAAACUACACUAAAGGUGGACCAGAUUUCUCAAACCUUGAGAAAUAACUGCUUUUUUUCCUGCAUUCUGUGGAUCCUAGCAGAUAUUGCCAACUUAAUCAGAUAAACAGAUUAUGUAAUGGAAGAAAAAUGUGGAUGCCUACAGUUAACAGAUUGCAAAAUGUAUCUUAAAAUGGUUCUAAAAAUUGCAUUCAAACAUAAUUUACAUAGGAAAUGUACUGUGGGAACUAUUCUAUGGAUAUAUGGUAAAGUUGUUUUGGACUUGUUUUUGCUCAGCAUGAAGUUGUAUAUGCUGCAUUUUACUAAUUCCAUAUUCAACCAUAUUUUUAAUACAAAAGAACAUUAGAGUAUAGAUCAUGUGAAAUGAAGGGUGCCUUUGGGGAAAAUUAACUUUUUCUUUUGAUAAGUAUGAUAUUCAAUAAAGUUUUCUAAAUAGGAA